CGACAGACCGUUGAUGGGAAACGCAGCGGCGAAACAGCUACAGCUGGAAGUUUGCUAGGUGGAGCGUCACAAAGCCCCGGUUCUCCUUUCUGCUGCAAGCAAACAGUGGAAGACCAAGUGGAAGAGAAGCUGACUAAAGUGGUGAGCUGUGACGCCGACUACUCUUCAGAGUGAAUCCCUGCAGAGCCUUUCACAGACAACACUUCAGGAGGACAAGGGCUUAAGUUAGGAAAGCACCUGCUGUCCUGUGUGAUAAAUAUUUUUGCUGAAAUGCUGCAAUCAGAUUGAUGUACGAUCAUGGAUCCUGAGGAAUUAGAACUGCAGAACGACUACCGUUACCGCAACUAUGCAGCGGUCAUUGAGAAAGCGCUGCGAAACUUUGAGUCUUCCAGCGAGUGGGCUGACCUCAUCUCCUCCCUUGGAAAGCUUAACAAGGCCCUGCAGAGUAACCUUCGCUACUCCCUCCUGCCCAAAAGGCUGAUCAUAGGGAAGCGUCUCGCCCAGUGUCUGCACCCAGCUCUCCCAAGCGGUGUCCACCUCAAAGCUCUGGAGACAUAUGAAGUCAUUUUCAAAAUCAUUGGAACAAAAUGGCUGGCGAAGGAUUUGUUCAUUUACAGCUCUGGUUUGUUCCCGCUGUUGGGCCAUGCAGCCAUGGCAGUGAAGCCUGUUCUGCUGACACUGUAUGAGCGGUACUAUCUCCCACUGCAGAGAGCUUUGCUGCCCAGUCUCCAGGCCUUCAUUACAGGACUGCUGCCAGGCCUGGAAGAGGGACUGGAGGUGUACGACAGAACUGAUGCGUUGAUGGUGAAGUUGUCGUUGCUGGUGGGUCAGCAGGUCUUUUAUGGUGCCCUGUGGGGCAGCGUGCUGGUCAGCCCAAUGGUGCGUCUGCCCGCCACUAUCUUUCUGGUCUCACAUUUUGACCGCAUGGAGUCUCUGCACCAGCAAACCCACAUGCUGGGCUAUGACCACAGGCUGGUGAUCAAGUCGGUGUGCCUUUCUCUCCAAGAUUCAAAUGUUCUGGUGCAGAGGAACAUGCUUGAAAUUGUGCUCUACUUCUUCCCAUUGGCUACAUGCCUGGAACCUACAGAGGCCAGUAUCGCUGUGAGUCCUGAGGACAUGAUCACAAUGUUGUCUGCUGCCUCUCUUACGCUGCUCCGCAGAGACAUGUCCCUCAACAGACGCCUCUACGGCUGGCUCCUCGGGACGGACAUAAAAGGCGGAAUGGUGACACCCCACCCCACCUUUUCCACCACGGCAGAGGAACACACUACCUUCUACUUCAACUCUUACUCUAGAGAUUUUCUUGUGCAGGCUCUGAUUAGCAUCCUCAAACAGAAAAGCGACCCUGAAAAUGUGACAGGAUGCCUCAGGCCCUUUCGCAUCAUCAUGAGUCUGCUGGAUAAACCGGAGAUAGGUCCAGUGGUCUUAAGCAGCGUGUUGUUGGAAGUUGUUCGAGCUUUUUACAUUUACUGUCGGGAGAUGGUGGGGGAGGAAACCAUCACUAGCUCAGGGCUUUCAGGCAACCAGUUAGCCAGCAAAAUAAAAGAGAACAAGAAUGCUUCAGAGGUUAUUAAAACAAUGAACAUGCUUGUGAGCUCCAUGAACAGUGAAUACCUGUGGGAGUACAUGACCCGGCGCUUCUGCACUGCUCUCAGUUACAAAGACGACCCCCCAAUGCCUCCUCAGCAGGAUCGCAGUCACCCUGCUCCGACUGUUGCAGAGAUGUCGAAUCUCAUCAUUUUCCUGCUCGACGUUCUUCCUCUGGAGCUCCACACAGACAUCCAGUCCCAGUUCCUCCCUGAGAUGCUGGGCACCAUGCUGCGGACCCUGUCAAGCCACAUACACUCUGUUAGUCUGGAGGAUGUCACACAGGGUCUGCGAGCCUGCUUUAAGGUCCUGAGUAAGAUCCAGAUGCCUAUGGCUUACAUGGACAUAGAGGCGGGAGCACACAUAGACGACAUGGAGACGCAGCUACCUGAGGAGGAAAGCACCAAGACUGAGGUCACGGAGAAUGAAGCUAUGAUAGAUGGUGCUGUUGGUCAGGUGAAUGGUCACUAUGGGGAUGAAGAGCUGAACAGAGAUGGAGAAGAUGAGGGAGCUCCUGCAGGUGGCAUUUAUCCCACUCUGAGGUCUGAAGACAGUGGAUUGGGUAUCAGUGCUUCUCCCUCGGAGCAGCAACUCCCACCAGGUUUGGGACAAGCAGCCGGGGAAAAUGGAAUGUGUAAGGAAGGUGAAGGAGUCUGGAGGAGGGGAGGAAGUGUAGACUCCAUGACCCAGUGUCUUCAAGACAUCCUGGCCUUCAUUACAACCCGGUAUUUGUUGGUCCAGGUGGAAGAUGUCAGAGGACCGGAGGAAGUACCUCAACCUGACGUUGCUGCUGCCCUCAUGGAUCAGAAGACUUCACUCCCAGCCAUAGAGGGACGGGAAAUAAAAGACAAGCUCACAGAACUGUUCACUCCAUCCAAACUGAAACCCUGCUCUUCAUCUGACAACCAGCCUUCAGUAGCACCCAUUGAGAAGAAGAAGGAGAAAGGGUGUCUCAACUGGGCAGCUGGCUACAUGCCCAGAGGCAAGGCAGAGAUCUCCGAGAGCUGUCGUCAGGCUUUCACCGCCACUUGCCACCUGCUACUGGAGUGCACCACCUUCCCCGUCUACCUGAGUGAAGAGGAGACUCUGGCUCUGCACACAGACAUGUUUGGGAACACAGGCUCUGAUGUAGACAGCCUUCCCGUGUGGUUGAGGUCCUUGAUGACCCUCUGCUGCCUCUCCAGGGACUACAACAUCCAGCACACAGCAGUGGCCUCUCUGCUAGAACUCAUCAACCACUCCCAGUCCUUAGCACUAGUGAUUGAGGACAAACACAGACGCUACCAGACAUCAGACUCCAACCCUCUGAGUGGGUGUCUCCAAAUGGUCACUGUGCCCCCCAUCUACCCAGCUGUGCUUCGCGCCAUAGAAGAGGGCACGGAUUUCUUUCAGAGGGUGUCCCGGGUUUUGUGGAGUCAGUUGGACACAGAGCGCAGAGAGCAGCACAUUUCCUGUGUGGAACUCUUUUACAGACUUCACUGUUUGGCUCCGUCAGCAUCCAUCUGUGAAGACAUCAUUUGCCAGGCGCUGUUGCACAAGGACAAGUCUGUCAGGUUGGAAGCACUACAUCGCUUCACAGUACUGUGGCACCUUACUAGAGAGAUCCAGAACAACAGGACCAUGUCUCUCAAUCGUUCCUUUGACAGGUCUCUCUGCGUUGUCGUGGACAGUCUUAGCUGUACAGAUGGCUCAAUAAGCGCAGCUGCUCAGUGCUGGCUGGUCAGGGCUCUUUCUCUUAAUGACGUGAUUCGAAUCCUUGAGCCGAUUCUUCUGCUGCUGCUUCACCCGUCCACUCAGCGCUGCUCCAUUCAGAGCGUCAAACAAAGCCUCUCUGCUGGUGACCUGAAAGUUCAAGGUAACAGAAGCCGAAGCUCCACCAAAACGUCUGGAACAUGUGCAGAUUCUAUGGCAACAGAAGUCACCACCUUAAAUCUCAUGAACAUUGUGGACCGAGAGGCUCUGUGGGCAGAGCUGGAUAGUGGCGCUGAGGCAUCUCAAACACCGGACACUUUAGCCAUUUCUAGGAGUGAGAGUGAAGAGACUGAAGAGGAGAAUAAACAAGAGGAGGAGGAGGAGGAGGAAGCUGAGAGUGAGCACACUGAGUCAGCUGAUACCAGUGGAGCCCAGGUAUCCAAUGAAAACUCCAGCUCAGGCUCCACCCCCUACCGAAGCACAGAGGAAGGAAGUGUGGUCAACGGCCUGCGGAGGGCUGAGUCAGAGCGCACACAAGCUUCUGAUUCACUGUCAAGUGAGGAUGAGGAGGAUUUAGAGCUGGAGGCCAUUGCUAGGUCUCGUCUGCUGAAACAAGAGCGUGAGAGGAGGGAGGCGAUCGAUUCGCUGUUCCGCCACAUGCUACUGUAUCCUGCGGCGGGCGGCUGGCGCCACCUUUUACAGGGAUUAGCACUUCUUGACAGUCUUCUGAGGAGCAGCGCUGAGUGCCCCCUGGUAGACGCUCUCUCCUCCACCUCUCUAGACACCAGCUCUGCAGCACAUUUGAACCUGGUCUCAAACCUCCUGCAGCGCCACCAACAGGCUCAAGAUGGUAAAGGCUUCUACGGCGCCCUUCUCUCUCCUUCCUCCUCGCCAUCUUUUCCCCCAUCCCUGCUCAUCGAACUGCUGGUGUCCUUGUGUCUGCGAUUCCUGCGCUCUCAAUACCCUUCUUAUCUGAGUCUUGGUCCUCUGGACCUGCAGGGGAACAGGGAGGUUCAGGUGAAGAGUGUGGAGGUUCUGACCCACAUUGUGAACCAGCUCUGCUGCAUGGUGCGUGGACAUCAGGGCAACGGGGCCAAUCUGGACCCCAUCCGCAGGCUCCUCUCAGGAUGUAAAGUGCAGCAGUAUGCUCUGCUCACGCUCUCUGCCUCCAUGUACAUCAGCCAAAAGGGAACAGACAAGGGGCCCCCUAAAGGUGUGGAGGUGCUGGAUGAGCAGGGCGGCCUGUCAGAGGAGAGUCUGGUAAAUGUGGGAUCAGGAGGAGGGCAGGAACAGUUCACUUUACAGAUGGAAUUACUCAAACUUCUCCAGGCUCUUAUAGUCUUAGAGUAUCACAUUUGGCCAGGGGGAGCCAUCUCAGCAGCAGGGUCAGGUGGAGCUUCAGGCCAGUCUGGAGAGCCUCGCGAAACCCCAACAGCCAGCACCCCACUUGCUCGAGAGUGGCAAACCGCAGUCCUUUUUCAGCAGUCCAUCAAGGCAGCACAGUACGUCCAAAGUCAUCCCAUCACAGCCCAGGGGAUGUUUGUUUCUGCUGCAGCCAGAGCUCUGCAGCCACAGUACGGCUAUGCCAUGCAUCCCCACUGGGUGUCACUGCUGGUUUCCUCCCUGCCAUACUUGGGUCGCUCGUUGGGCAUUAUUGUGGCGCCCCUCAUCAGUCAGAUCUGCAGGAAUCUGGACGAGCUGGUCAAGCUUUACGAACAUGAUGGAGGAAAGACAAAUCAGAGUUUGAGUGGUAGGAGAGAAAACAUUGCCCCUGACUAUCCUCUGACUCUGCUAGAAGGCUUGACUUCCAUCACACACCACUGUCUGCUCGACAACAAGAGGUCCUUGGUUGCUUGUGAUCCCGUGGAUGUCCGUAAUGCACGCAACGCUGUUGUUGAAGAACUGCCACACAUGCUCAGUAGUAUGGCGUUGUUAUGGGGUGUGGUCAUGAGGGAGGAGCUUCAGAGGCGUGCGUCUGACUCUGCUCAGAGCAGCAGACACUCCUCUACCUCCGUCUACUUUAAAAGCACAAAGAUCCUACGGCAGCGGAUUCUGGAGUUCCUGGUUCCUCUAACUCUUCAGUAUGGGGUCCAGCUUAUGGCUUCACUUGGAGCGGUGUGGAGCAAAAGAAAGAGUAAAAGGAGGCAUAAAAACAAAGUCUUACCAGUUGCUAGUGAAUCUCGACUUACCAUUGUGGAUUUGGUGAAAUCGCUGCACACAUUGCACACAGACACCAUCCUGCAGCUGGUCAAGGAGGUGGUGAAAAAACCUCAUCAGAUCAAAGGAGAACAGAAAGCAACUCUGGUAGAUAUUCCCAUGCUGCAGUUCAGCUUUGCUUAUAUCCAGAGUGUUUCAGCUCAAGCUCUGCAGGAAAAUGUUGCUCCUCUCCUCAGCCUUUUACGGGAGUCUGUUCAGCUCAACUUAGCCCCACCUGGACACUUCUUACUGCUGGGAAUCCUCAAUGACUUUGUCAAUCGGCUCCCAAACCUGGACAAUAAGAAGGACUCAAAAGAUCUGCAGGAGGUGACUCAGCGGAUCCUCGAGGCAGUGGGUGGGAUCGCGGGGUCCUCUCUGGAACAGACCAGCUGGCUCAGCCGCAGCCUUGAAGUCAAAGUUCAGCCACAGGUGUGUGCAGAAGCAGAGGAUGGAGACGAUGCAGACAUUGAAGAGUCAAUGGCUCAGGCUAAUGCCAUGGUUUCCUCAUCGGCUCCCUCAGUUUACAGCGUGCAAGCACUAGUCCUCCUGGCUGAGGUGUUGGCACCACUUCUGGACAUGGUUUACCGCAGUGAUGAGAAGGAGAAAGCUGUUCCUCUGAUUUCUCGGCUCAUGUACUACGUUUUCCCCUACCUGAAGAACCACAGUGCCUACAACAUGCCCAGCUUUGAGGCAGGUUCUCAGCUGCUGAGCAGCUUGAGUGGGUAUGCUUACACCAAAAGGGCCUGGAAGAAAGAAGUGUUCGAGCUCUUCAUGGACCCCCUCUUCUUCACCAUGGAAACUUCCUGUGCCCCCAGUUGGAAGUCCAUCGUUGACCAUCUGCUGACUCAUGAGAAGACGAUGUUCAAAGACCUCAUGAGUAUGCAGAGCAGCUCCCUGAAGCUUUUUGCUAAUGUAGACCAGAAACCCAUGCUGCUGAAGCGCCAGGCGUUUGCCAUGUUUAGCGGAGAACAGGAUCAGUAUCAUCUGUAUCUGCCCCUCAUCCAAGAGCGACUCACUGAGACUUUGCGUCUGAACCCGAGCCCUGCUGUUUCAGCCCAGAUGUUCCUGAUGUUUCGGGUUCUCUUGUUGAGGAUCUCAUCGCAACAUCUCACAUCUCUUUGGCCGAUCAUGGUCACUGAACUGAUUCGGACAUUCACACGUCUAGAGAAAACUCUACAGACAGAAAAAGACGUCUCAAAGCUGGCUAAAGUGGUGCGCAGUGCACUAGACAGAAAUGGACCAGUAAAUUUCACUCAGGCUGAGCUGGACAUGUACCUGUCUGCCUGCAAGUUUCUGGACACCUCACUGGCUUUUCCUCCAGAGAAGAUUCCACUCUUUCAGAUGUAUCGUUGGGCCUUUGUCCCUGAGGUGGAUGUGGAUCGGUACAGUGGCCCUGUAGAGACAGCACUGAUAGAAGGCGAGCAGGAGUGCAUCCCUCAUGUUGUCAAGAUACUGGAAGGAAUACAGCAGCGAUUUGGGACUCUGAACGGGCUGAGUGAGGAAUCUUCCACCGAGUAUCUGGAGUUCCCCCUCCUCACACAGUGCUCUCUGUCCUCCAUCACCCAGCUGUUGCCUUUCCUUCGCAUCCUCUGCUGCUCCUUCCAGGGCCCUCCACCCUACAGCGACUCCAUGCACCACUUCCCAGUAGCAGACUACCCAGCAUCCAGUUCAGAAGUUGUCCUGAAGAGGCUGGAAAAAAUCACUGAAGAAGAGUUCCUGGACUCUUUGGAGAGUUAAGCAUGAUGCUUUCAUGAACUAAAUCCUCAUUUAAAGCUCUUUGACCUGCAGUGACAUCAAUGGCACAAGUGGUGAUAAUGUCAUCGACUAAAACAAAAGGAAAUGUUUUGUUCUGUUUUUAUGUAACAUUUUAACUUGUCUUACCUCCAUAAAAUAUCCACCUCUGAGGUGCUCUCUCACUGAAUCUGUUUUGGAAAUUGAAGGGAAGCUUUGCGGAAAAUAUAAGAUGCAAGUAUUCAUUUCAGUUUAAUUCUCCUUCUAUCUCAAGUAUGAGCAUUGCCAAAUAUUAACACAUAGUUUUUGUAUUAUUUUUCCUUUGUCACUUCGAUGGUUCUGGGCUAAAAUCUGGUACAGCUGAAACAGUUAUUAUCUCAACUAAAUUCAACUUAAUACUGAAAAUUAUGAUUAGGUAUGCACUUUGUAAUAACAGGAGUUGUAGUAAGUGUAUUUUAGUUUGAUACCAAGUUACAGAUCUACUGUGAAGAACCUCAUUAAGCUGUCAAUGUUCGGGUUAACCUCGGCCUCUUCCACCUGCAUCUUUCUGACCGAGAAUGUAAAGACUGUCCGUUUUAGAGAUACUCUUAGAAUAUUGUUGGAUACAUCGGUUUGGGACUUGAUGAGGCUUUAAGUAAGCUGUAUAGAAGUUUCAUGAGUUGGUUGCUAAUGUUGUUUGUGUUUGCCCCUCUGUAAUAUUGUCAGGGACCUCGCUUAAAUUGAUGCUUGCCAUUUUUGGUGUUCAAGGGAAACUGCCUUUCUUUGUCAUUGUUCACUGACGGUUUUUAUGACUGCCCAUGUGUUGUUCUUUUUCCACAGAGCUGAAUGUUUGAGUAAUUUAUUUUGGAUGUUUAAAGGACCAUGUCAUGUUUUAAUUAAAAGAAGGAUGACUCAUAUUAAACGUAAAGCUUAAA